UCAUACUAUAUUAUAAUACGAGUAUACGGUAUUUUUCUAUAGUGCUGCUUCAUUGGCUGGCUAUGGAGGUGCGCAGAUAACAUACAUGGCCGCCGUACCAUAGUUUUGACAUAUUAUACGAUAUACGCGUUUGUGCUUGCGCGUUUGGCUCUGCUCACCUUAAGUUUUUGUUUUGCGCGCCCGUGUGUGUGCGCGUGUGCGUCCAUGGGUGUAUGUGUGUGUAUUUCUCGUCAAAACGUCUAUUGAUCGAUGAGACGAAGGCAAUCGUCGCAAUAAUUGUCGGCGGCGACAGGUGUUCGCCCAAACUAGUAAACGACGGCGAUUUGCGUCCCGUUUACGGUUCGGUGUUCGAUCGUUGUUGCGGUUUCCGUCGAUUCGUAUACAAACGAGGUUUAGCGGCUCACCGUUCGUCGAUAGAAAACUUUUCAGACAUUCGUUCGGCGUUGGACUGCUACAACAGUAUAGUAGUAUGGUGACUGGAUGAGAGCGAAUAAUUACGACAUUCCGAGUAGCGUCUGAUUUGGACUUGUGCGAUGUCGGUAGUUUGCCCGACAUUGUUGAAUCAAGUAGGAUCUCGUGUCAUACGGGGUCCUAGCUGGAAAUGGAACAAGCAGGAUGGAGGAGAAGGCUUUUUGGGAACGGUCAGGAGUUUUGAGUCUCAUGAAGAAGUCGUUGUAGUUUGGGACAAUGGAACAGCGGCCAAUUACAGAUGUUCUGGUCAAUAUGACUUGCGUGUUUACGACAGCGGACCAACUGGACACAGUAAACAUGAAGGAGUUGUUUGCAAUGGAUGUAAACAAUCUCCCAUCAUUGGACAUCGUUUCAAAUGUAUGAGCUGUCCUGGUAAUGAGGUUUCAAAUGAAGGUUCAAUUGAUUUGUGUUUUACAUGUUAUCAUGGUGAUAAACACAAUGUCCGACACAGAUUUUUAUUGAUCCAACAGCCUGUGCCAAAAGAAUUAUUAAAAGACCCUCGUAGUCUUGGUGAAAAUCCGGUUAUAUUAGAGCAGAGGAAAAAAUCUAAAAAAAUAACAUUGCGUGGUAUAUUCCCUGGUUCACGGGUUGUGCGGGGUGUUGACUGGCAAUGGGAUGAUCAAGAUGGAGGAUCUCUUAACCUAAGGGGUAUGAACAAUGCUGUCUCUCAACCAAUUGUUAAACGUGGUAAAGUAUGUGAAAUUCAAGACUGGUCUGCUGAAAAGGGUAGUGUUCGUUCGGCCGCUUAUGUUCAGUGGGAUAUUAAUGGUGGUACGGCUGGGUGUGCCAAGAACUUAUAUCGCGUUGGAUUUGAAGGAAUGUCUGAUUUGAAAUGUGUAUCUCCAUCCAAAGGAUCAUUAACUGUGUAUCGAGACCAUCUACCUUUGUUAGGACAACAUCAACAUCAACAGCAGAAUGACCAAAACAGCCAAGGAGUAUUAAGUUUGAAUCAUUUACAAAACCAUCUACAAUAUCAACAGCUAGAAAUUGGUGAUCGGGUAAGAGUUAGUUUGGAAUUGGACGUUGUACGAGCUAUGCAACAAGAUCAUGGUGGCUGGACAGAUGGCAUGUAUGAAGAAUGUUUGGGAGGUGGAAAUCUAGAAAGUGCCUCUAUUGGAUCAGUGGUUGGUAUUGAUGAAGAUCACGACAUUGUUGUUUUAUAUCCAAGCGGCAACAGGUGGACAUUUAAUGCGGCCGUACUUACAAAAGUGAUAGUUAGUGAUACGCCAGUGGCAAGUAGUUCAAAUUCAUCUACACGUCCAUCACGUGGUGGAAACGUUAUCAGAGUAGGAUCAACUGUAAGGAUUUCUCAUGACAUGGAAUUUGUGCGUCGAUUGCAAAAAGGUCAUGGUGAAUGGGCUGAUGCGAUGUCUAUGACUUUGGGUGAAAUUGGCUAUGUGCAACAAGUAUAUGAUGACGGUGACUUGAAAAUAGUUGUGUGCAAUACAUCUUGGACAUAUAAUCCACGAGCAGUUACCCUACUGAAUUCAGAUGGGACUCAAAUAGAAACUCAAAGCGAUAGACGGCGAAUUCGUUCUAGAGAAAUAAUAGGACGUGAACUGGUGACAUCAGCAGCCAAUGGUGAUGUCCAAAACUGUCGUAAAAUUUUGGAGAAAGAAAAACAAGAGAUAAUAAGGGAAAUGAACGACCCAAAUAGAGAGACGCCGAUGACACUCAGUUAUGCUCUCACACCAAGACUAGCCGCAUUAUGUGCAAAUUACACUCCUCCACCCACUGCUGAGGAGCUGAUAUUGACAAAUUUUGUGAGUAGUGGGCACACGUCUUUGCAAGCUGCUGCUCAAAACGGUCAUGUCCAUGUUUGUCAAGUAUUAAUUGGAGAAUUCAAUGCUGAUGUUGAAUUUCAGGAUAGCGAUGGUGAUCGUGCAAUUCAUCAUGCUGCAUUUGGCAACCAGCCACAAGUGGUACAUGUGUUAUGUGUUUCAUUUGAUGCUGAUGUGAAUGCACGCAAUAAACGAGGACAGACUCCUCUGCACAUUGCUGUUAACCGUGGGUUUGCUGAUGUAUGCCGUAUUCUGUUGCGUCUCAAUUGUUUACCAAAUUUACAGGAUAACGAGGGUGAUACACCAUUACAUGAUGCCAUAUCCCGUAGACGAGAUGAUCUUGUAGCCAUGUUAAUGGAAGGUGGAGGUGGAAGCAUUGUUAUUAAUAAUAUACCUUCAAGUGCUGUUGUCGCCAAUGUUAUGAAUGGAUGCGAACGUUCUUAUGAACGCAUGCUGUCACCAUUGUCUCCGGUUAGAGAUUUGUCAACUUCUGUCUCGAGAAAUAAUUCAAAUGCAUCAAAUACUGCCUCAGCAACCAAUAUUGCUGCCAGUGCUUCUACAACAAAUAAGAAUGACAAUGUUGAAAACUCCGUUGUGACCAAAGUGCAAGGUGAAAAAAGUGCAUCUUCAAUAACCAAUAAUCAAGAAGAGGGUGUUGCUGGAUGUUCUGCUGUCGCUGGAUGUUCUUCUUCUGUAGAAACAAGUGCUGUAGAUACAGCUGAAAAUCAAAUUACUACUGCUACAGAACUCGGAUUUCCAGCUAUAGGAUCACCGUCGGCUGAUCUCAUGGUGGUUAAUACAAAUGGUUUCAAUCCGUUGCAACACGCAGCUCUACGUGGUAAUCCAGGAGCUACCGCUAUUAUAUUGGACUGGAUUGCCACAAACGGCGGCCGUGGCAAUAACGGUCAUCGCUUUUGGGUCGUGGAUGAGCCUAAGGAUGAUGGAUACACCGCUUUACAUUUGGCUGCUCUUAACAAUCAUCACCGCGUGGCAUCGUUGCUGCUGAUUCGUGGCCGGGCCGACCCGAAUAAACGAAAUGUCAAUAAGCAAACGGCUCUUCACUUAGCCGUGGAACGUCAACACGCAGAUAUCGUCAAGCUGCUUGUUCACCAUGGUGCUGAUCCAAACAUACCCGACAAGGACGGCGACACUCCCAUGCAUGAGGCUUUGCGCCAUCACACAUUACUGCAACUUAAAGCAGUCGGUGCACCACCUCCGCCUGGGGUGGGCUAUGGAAACAGUCGUAGGGAUCCCAACACCAAAUUCCGUACAGACGGCGGCGGUGGCACGUUGUUACGCAACUUCCUUGCCGGUAACAGAGUCGUACGUGAAUUCCGGGAAGUAACAAACGAGAUCAAUCAGCCGUAUACCGUCAGCGUAACUACUACUACUAGUCCAUGUCCCGUUGAAACAGCGAGGACACUUUGGGCGGCCAAGGGUCCCGCGUACAUAGAAAUGUUCGCUUCACCAAUAUCCGCGGUACAGAGAUUGAUGGCCGAGCUACUUGGAGCAGCCGAUGAGUUUAGACGAUUACGCAUAAGUACCAAUGGUGACGUAGAUUCUGAUGAUGAUAAUACAGACAACGAUGUUACCCAGCCUGCUCUGAACAACAGACCACAACCGAUUAAAAAUAAUAAAUCGAAAAAAGUGAUCAACCAUCGUCGGAUUAAGAAAUCUCCAUUGCGUACUAUACGGCAGCAGACCGUUGACGAUCAAACUGGUCCUCGGUUAGCUGGAGAGGCACGUGCUGCUGCCCUGGAAGCCGCUAUGGCUAUUUCCGGUUCCAAAAGUCGAGAUCUUAGAGAACGACCUACACGUUCUGAUCAACAAGUAGCUGGAGAAGGAAGCUCUGGUAUUCAGACUGCAGUUUCUGGACCAGGUAGCCGAGAUAUUUUCGGACGGCCCACGCGUGGCCCAGUGUCUCGGUCUGCACCAGCUUCACCAAUUAAUGGAAACGUGAUUCCUCCACCACCAAAUGCUACCGUAGUUGUUUGCGUGCUCGCUGGAACAGGACGCGCUGAUUUGUGGGUGCGUAACAACCGAGGACAAACGCCUUUGGAUCUUUGUUCAGCCGAUCAGCCUUUGCGCCAAGCUUUGAUCAAGUGCUGUGUUGCUGCCGCUCAUGCUCGAGUCGCUCAAGAAACUAACGUCACCACUGCCACUGUGGAGGAAGCCCAUAGUUCCAGGGCACCGACUCUCACUGAAGAGUGUCCUCAGAAAUCCCAACUAAUGCUUCACAACAUGCCGCCCGAUUACUCGAUUAAUGCGCCAUAUCGCGAUGCAUAUGCUCCAAUGAUGUCAAAAGAGACAGAUACAAAAGAUUGCACCAAGACAUUCGCAACUCGAAGUAACGCAGAUUUCCUUCAACUAUCGUCAUCAGUGGCAAAUCAGUUUAUGCGUAUCGGCCUUCCUCCCCCGUUACCUGGUAUGAUGAUGUUAGACGAUCGUACUCCAGCGGUGCUUUUGGAUGAUGGGCCCUCUACUUCCGGAGCUGCGAUGUCCCAAGGUGGCAUUACUGGAGAAAGAGUGGAUAACAACUUAACGAGAGAGACAAACAAUCAAGUUGAUAACAAUGAUCCGGAACCAGAUUUUAUGGACGAUGACAGUAUUUUAAGCAUCACUAAUGAUAAUGGAAAUAUAACGAUUGAGAGUUUUAAUAACAGCAGAUCACCUGCUGCACAAGAUCAGUUGGAUAUAGCCGCCGGUGGAAGCAACACUAGCACACCUUCUACUUCGUGUGAUCUGUCAGUUAUAAAUAAUACCAUGUCCCGAUCUCGAGGCAAACGGACUAACGAGCUAGAACAGAAACAGAUAGACAUUGCGAAUGCACAAGUACAGGAAGAACGGCAAAACCCUCCUAUGGAUGUGGCAGCGGCAAACCCUCAAAAUGUUCAGGAUCCCGGACUAGUCGAAAAACUCAUGCAGCAGCUGAAUGAUCUCAAGGAAAUGAAUAUGUGCCCCGUGUGUCUGGAUCGAUUAAAGAAUAUGGUGUUUAUGUGCGGACAUGGAACCUGUCAACUGUGUGGUGAUCGUAUGGCCCCUGGUCAACCAUGUCCUAUUUGCCGUAAACCAGUUGCACACAAGAUAUUAUUAUACUAGACUCAAACAACAGAAUCAUCAAUAAUGAUAUAAAUUAUGAUUUUCUAUACUCUAUUUAAAUAAGACCGUGACCAGUCGGCGACCAAUUUUCGUCGGGCAGCGGUCAGACGCUUAAUUCCCAUCACUGCUCGAAAUUCCAAUCGGGUAUGCUAGCGCUGCGAAACAAGGCUACCCAUGCGUAGAAGUCGGCCGCCUGGUCACGGUCUUAUUUUGAAUAGAGUAUAGACAUAAUACCAUUUAUUUUAAAUUCAUAUUAUACUUUCACUAGAUAAGAUAAGAUUUUGGAGAUAUCAUUUCUAGUGUAACCUAUCAAUUGAUUUGAUUAUUCAAUUAUUAUUUAUUUUUUUUUUUUUAUUUAUAUAGAAUUUAUCUCUCAUCAUUAGAUCAUUUUUUACUUUUUACUGUAAACUUUUAACUUAAUAUGCACUUUGAUUUAUCCAAGUAAUCCAAAGACAUUUUAAACAUAUACAAUAAUAGUAGUAUUAUUAUUAUAUGACUAAUGCACAUGUUUUUUUUUUUUGUGAUUUUUUUUUUACUUAGUUUUAUAGAUUAUAGUAUUAUAGAUAAAAUAUACUUUACUCAAUAGCAAUGAUAAAUUGAUUUUAUAUUGUUUUAAAGUUAUUAUUAAUUCCAAAAGUUUAAUUAUUUUUAUUUUUAUCAAACUAUAUAUUUAUUGUUUGUCCAAUGUUUAUUUUUAAUUUACAAUCAUACUAUUUUAUAAAACAUGGUUGUAUGGUCGAUCAAUUAAAUUUAUGACAUCAUUAACAUUUAAUCAUAUUAGUUUUACUUAUCUAAUAUUAUAAUAAUAUAUAAUAUUGGUUAAGUUUAAUUAUUAUUAUUUUUUAUAUUAAUUUGCAAUAAUUAUUUGGAAUCAACCAUUAUAGUAUACACAAUAUUAUUAUUAGUUCAUAAUUAUUUAAUUUUAGUUAUGUAUUCCUGGUUUAGUUUACUAGCAUUUAUUAUGUUAAUUUCUGGAAGUUAAUAGUAAACAAUGGAAAUAAAACUUAAAAUUAUUAUUAUUUUUGCUAUUUUUAGUAAACAAUUUCUAUUUUCUUUUAUAAUAGGUAAAAUUUACUAUUAUUAUUAUUAUUACUAUUAUUCAUUAUUAUAUACCACUACUACUCAUUUAAACUAUAAUACAUUUAUAAUAAUAUUAUCUUUAGUAGUUGAGUCAUAACUCAUGAUUAUUAAAAUCAGUAAUAGUUUAUUGUAAUAGAUUUAUAAUAUUAAUCUUAAUAGCUUUAUAAUAUUUAUUAAUAUUAGUAAUCGUUUAUUAUGAUACAUUAUAAACUGUAGUAAGUAGUAUAGAGGUGUGUUAUACCAGUAGUAUAAUUAUGGUAUGCACCACCAAAAGUAGAAACAUUAGUUAAAUCUAUAAUUACUGAUUUAAAAUUUUAAUUAUAUAAUCAAAUUAAAUUGAAUUCAUUUUUAUUAUAAUAGUAGUUUAUAGUUCUAGAACAAUAAUCAACUUCAAUGUAUCAUUUUUUUUUUUUUUUUUAUUGAAAGUACAGAAAAUUUACUAUGUAGUCUAAAAUGUUUAGGUUUUUAAACCAGUUAAUUAUUAAUCAUUAUAUUAUUAUAUGCAGUUUUAGAAAUUCUUUUAUAUAAUUGUUUUCAAUAUUUUUUGCUAAUAUUUCUAGUUUAGUCUAUUAUUAUUAUACUCAAACAUUUAUAGCUUUCAAUAUUCUUAUUCAACAUUUUAUAAUCAACAUUAUACAUUUAUCUUAAAAUAUAUCACUUUAAUCAAC